UGGUUAUAAAACAAUUUUAGCUUAUGCAGUUCCAUACUAAUUACAUGUAAAAGAUUGAAAAGAGGUAUUAUGGGAAAUAUUAGUCGUUGGCUAGACGUGGAAGUAGGGACUGAUGAUGUAGAUUUAAACACUCUACCCUCUAAUUUAAGUCUUACUGAUUUGCAAAAUGAUAACGAAUAUAAACUUCUUGUUGGUGAUUUGGGAAGAGGUGAAGAAGGUCCAAGGUUAAAAAUAUUCAAGGGUGCUAUGCAAAUAUCAGAUAUUACUCUACCGGACCUGCCCUUAGGAGUUGAAAGCAUUUACUCCAGUGACUCCUCACCGAGGUUAGCCCCUCUGAUAGCAGUGGCAUUUUCUUCAUGCAUCUACAUUUAUAGGAAUUUAAAACUGUACUACAAAUAUUAUCUGCCUAGUUUGGAACUGAACACUAGUGAAAUGGAGAUUUGGAAACAGCUUACAGAUCCGGUACAUCACAAUGAAGAGAAAGUGUUGGCUCUCACAGACAGUCUUCACAACAUGCCACAGAAAAUUCUUACAUCUCAGUCUAGAAAUUUCCUAGCUCUUACUCUAGAACAGCAGCUAGAAUUCUUAGAAAGUGCAGAGUUACCGAAGAAGGGAACCUCCGAAAUAUCUUGUAUAACUACCCUCAAAAUGAAUUCAGUUGAUAAAUAUGCAAUGCGGUGCUUGGUCGUUGGGACGGAAGAUGGAGAGUUGAUCGUACUUGACCCUCAGACUUUCACACAAAUUCAUUUGGUAAGGUUAUGUACGGUCAAGAAAACACCGUAUCAGAUGGUAGCGACAGGCCUCUAUAACGUUGACUACAGAAUAACAAUAGCUACCAGAGAGAAAUCAGUGUGUUUAUUGAAAAGGGAAUGGAAAGAAGGUCGCCUGCUUUUCAACACGGAUGACCACGUCGUUGCUAUGGAAACCAUGACGUCAGACAACAGUAUCAUGGUCAUAUGCAUGGAUAACACCCUGGCGUGUUAUAGUAGAAAGGGAAGAAAACAAUGGUCAAUAUUGCUAGAACAUCGCCCGGUAGCGAUGACUCUCUUACCGAUAAUGCAUCUAGGAGUUACACUGACAGCAGUAGCUUUAAGCUCAGGACACGUUUACAUGUUUGAGGGGAAGGCCAAAAGAGAUACUAUAUUCGUGAGAGAUGUAGUUUCAGUGAUGAAGUUUGGUCAACUGGGUCAAGAGGAACACGUUUUUACUAUCAUCACUACGACUGGCAAUCUUAUGCUGAAAAUCCUAAAACGUACAGCGGACUUUAACACAGAAGUAACAGGAGUGGAGUCUUGUGUGGGAGCCACUGUGGCAAGGCCCUGGCUUAUCCCUAAGAAAUCGAAGCUUUUCCUGGAGCAGGCUAUGAGGGAGAGAGAGAACGCUAUACCGAUGCAUAUAAACUUUCAACACGAGUUGAAUCGCCUUCGAUUGAUGUCAGCGCGGACUUUACUAGAUGCAUACGAGAAGUCCGACAACUUUGUUGGGGCCGGAGAUAUGGAACCCAUACGACUGUCUGCUGAGGUCGAAGGUCUGGGUCCAGUUUUCCGCGUCACACUAAUAGUCGAGAAUACGUCAACUGAAAAAGCUGUCAUCGGCCUCGCCAUCUUGUUUCUAGUACAUUCCACCGCCUAUAAAGUGUACAAUCCUUACAUAAAGGUACCGCUAAUAUCGCCAGGCAACCAACUCAAGUUCCCAACAAAAGUCGAAGAGGUCUUCGGCGAAAAUAUAAACCCUGAUAUAUAUUUUCGAAAUGUUACUGGACAGGCGGGAGAAGGUUCCCUAGUAAAAGUUCUCCUUUUGAAGGAAGGGAAAUCGAAUCCCAUACUAGCAGCUACAGUGACGAUGCCCCCCACUGACCCUAUGAUGAUACCUUAUGAGAAAAUACAAGCCACAAGCGAUUUUAAUGAAGAUCAAAACUUUGGAACUCGGAAUUGAGAGGUGUCUGAAAAAACAGUUUUAAAGGGGGUCAAAAAGUGAAAUGUGAAAAUGUUGAUAAAAUAAUUACACUUAAA